CCCACCACACCUACCUGUGGUCCUCCUCCGUGCCCUGUGGCGUCCCCCCGCCCUCCCUGCCCGAGCUCGCAGCUCCUCAUUCUCCUCUCGGUCUCCCGCCACCGAGUCCAGCUGUGGCCCUCGCAGGGCGCGCUCGCUGGCUCUCACCUGACAGGUCCCUGGCCUCAGGACGACAGCCAGGACCAACACGCUCCCUACAUGAGGGACAAAGCGACGCAGACCCCCAGGGCCUGGGCAGAUGAGAGGAGGAGGGGCUCUCACAAACGCUCGGCCUCCUGUGGGAGCACCGACCAGCUCAAGGAGAUUGCCAAAUUGCGUCAGCAGCUCCAGCGCAGCAAACGCAGCAGCCGCCAUCGGAGGGAUAAAGACCGCAAGUCCCCGUUCAAUGGCAGCCACACUAUCAUCCAGUCCCAGUCGCCUAUGCCCAAGACCAUCCUGAUACCCAUCCCUAUAUCCAAGUCAUCGGCCCCUCGCUUCCGCAACAGCGUGGAGGGCCUCAACCAGGAGAUAGAACGCAUCAUCAUCCGAGACACCCCCGAGAAGGAAGAGACCAUCGUUCCACAGGACGUUCCAGAUGGGCACCGUGCACCCCCACCUGUCCCCCCGCAGCAGCGCAGCAGCAGCACGCGCAGCAUCGACACACAGACACCCUCAGGGGGCGGCCUGAGCGGUAACCAUAGCAACUGCAGCAGCCGCCCCGACUCCAUCUCGCCCUCCUACCUCACCGUCCUCAACGACACGAGUGGAGGCAGCCCCUACGAGGAGAAAGAGCUGGGACCCUACUCGCCGCUGCCGAAGUACGCUGCCUCUCCCAGACCCAACAACAGCUACAUGUUCAAGAGGGAACCUCCAGAGGGCUGCGAGAAGGUCAAAGUGUUCGAGGAGUCCAUGCCCAAACUUCUGCAGGACAUCCCAACCUUCCUGUGUCCCGACCGCAACAAGGUCAACUUCAUCCCCAACAGCGGCUCUGCCUUCUGCCUUGUCAGCAUCCUCAAGCCCUUACUCCCCGCCCCGGAGCUCAGCUUUCGCCCCGGGGUGGGCCUGCGAAGCCUGUCCCCGGCCCUCGUGCCUCUGUCCACCCAGCCCUGCCUCCUGGAGGAGCCCGAGAGCUUCUGACCAGGUUCUCAAGUCGCCACAAAACAAGCACCCCCACCCCCUUCCCAACGAAAUCAGAAAACAUUUGAAAUUAGGAAACAACCCUUCUGCUCCAAAAAAUGCCUUCAGCAUGCCAGCUACGCUCUCUCUGAUGUCCUGAUCUUGUUGAAAAGUGCUUCCCACUGCCUCUCCUCCUCAGACAACUACGACUCGAGAGCCCUGCAGCGCCGUGCAGGCGUUUGCAGCCAACAUUUCAUCGCUUUCUUCUACCUUUAGUGCGGGUUAUGUUCCUGUUUUUUGGGAGGAAAAGGGUAAAAAAGGACAGACUCUUUUUUUUCAUCGUAUUAUACCAUGGCGCCUUUCCACGGACAUAUCUCUUUUUCUAUAUGUAGUUAUUUCUCUUGAUAUGAAAUAUGCCUUCCAUUACGAAAAACAAAAAGGCUGCUGGUUUCCUUGGCGACCAAGAGAUUGACAACAGAGGCUAAUUCUGGUGCUGCCUGAUAUAUCGUAGCAAAACCUGAAGGGUCGUGAAAAGGAGAAGUAAAGAAAACGUGCCUGAUUUUUUUAGACCGCUCAGUUUCUCCAAACCAGCUUAGUGUUGCGAUCGUGUUCACUCAUGAUCUUUGCACUACGGUGGCCAUAGAUACACACAGAAGAACAGGGCCAGUCUUAAAAAAUACAAGCGAGGAGGUGCAGAAUCCACGCUACCUUUAAACCAUCUGUUUUGUACUUGAAUCAGCCUGAGACAGAGAGAGGAACUGGUUCAAGCUGAUGCCUUUGCUUCACUAACUGGUAGCAGCGAGCUGGGCCCCCCUGCUGGCCGCUGUGUGUAUCUAUGUGAAACACAGGCCAGGGCUAUGAUGUGUGCAGCGUGUUCGACCUGUGUCUGCUUCCCAGGCGCCAGCCUUUGCUCGCAGUGUCCUUUUUUUUUUUACUCCAGCACCAUCACGACCACCCUCCUUCUGUUCCUCCUCUCUCUCUUCUCUUUUCUUUCCCUCACUGUCACUGUAAAGCUGAUUUCCUUCUGUCCUGCUCAAACUGUGUUGUUGUGAAGCAUGUCCAGAGGGGCCUGGUCCCGCCGCUGCAGGACAGGCCUCCUCUGGCUCUGCGGGGCCCUGAGCACGGAGAGGUCAUGACCCCAAGUGCGACACCGAGCUACACUUGGUGGCUGCAGUGUCGUGACACGGGACCCAGACCUCUCCAUGCCUGGGCCCGUCCUCCUGUAUAUGUCAUUACCACUUGACUGUGCCUGCCACAGUGGGGAUAGGAAUGUACUGGAUCUGUAAAUAUAGAGGCACACUGUGUUUGUAUUAUCAGCUGACAAAGAUAUGUAUCUGAAUGAGUCGAUUAUUGUACCAUAUAAUACCCCUCACCCCCAAACCUCGCCCCUCCCGUCCCCCUGCUGAGUACUGUGAAUUACUACGUCUCAUUAUUGUGAAUGAUUAUGUAUUUAUUUAUCAGACCGGAGUGUAAUUGGGUCUUCAGAGAAUUUUAAUCAAGAAUAGGUCACAUCGUCCAUCUCAGGUUGUAGUGAAUAGGACACGAAAAGAGAAGAUGUACUUAACUCCUCAGCGCACACUAACAAGUCUACACGACCGCACCAGAGCGAACCAACAGCUGCUGUGUCUGUAGCCGCACACGGCGGAGAUCCUGGAUGAUGUAAACCUGUAGCAGUAGUCAAGAGGUGUCAUUCGUUUCAGCCAGUCGCUUCAAGAAAUGGUUGUUUAAUGAGGAGUCCUGUUCCAAAAUGAGAUAUCCACUUGCUGAGAAACAAUCACACCCACAGCGACACGGUUCAACAUGUUUACAAGAAAAUCUAAGUAGCUUGAAAGAACAGAUUCACAAACGUGGAAAUACUGAUUGAUUUACAACUUUUCUUUUUCUUUUCAAAGUGGAUAAGCGGCAUUUUGGAAUGAGGCUCGACGCAAGAAAACUCAACACUAUGAUUCUCUGUUUGCUUGUCCAGUUUAUUGGAAAACAGAACUGCCAAGUUUUCAUCUGUUUAACUCCUCCAGUCAAAAUAAAAAGGCAUAGUUGAAUUAAA